UUGGCGGGAGGGGGAGCUGACAAGAGAGGUCUGGAAAGUUUGCUAGGGCGGUAACAUCUUGGUGCAGGCUGUUUCUUUCGACCGCCAUCAGCCUGUUUGGGUGUUAACAACGUCCUACAUUAUGUUGUGAAACCCCUCCUCUCAGCAAGCGCUUCAGUUGCGCUCUGCUUACCCGGCCUAGUCCUUUCCCAGUACGCAUCCCUAGAACCACGAAUAGAACAGUCGCGCCCAGCUCUCUACCCCCGACAUCUUCAACUACCUCGAUCAUUCUUCGUCUCUACCCAAGCACGUACAUAGCCCUCUGACAGCACACUACUCUUCAAUAUGCCAAAUCGCUUUUCAAAGCUCAACCCCUUUACGCGGCUGCAAAAGCGAGCAGCUGCCUCGUUAACUCUGGAGACUCAGACUGUGCCACAGAUGCCAGCGUCCCGGCCAAGAGAGCGGGGAAGCGGGCGGGGAGAUGACCCCAAGCCAGGUUUGGAGACGACAUAUUUAGACCGGCAACAGCAGCAACUCGACUCUGGGGCUGGAAAGACCGUUUUCGAGACUGCCGUGUUACCGGCUGGCGCCUUCGAAUCACUCCCUGCCGAGUUGCGAUGCCAGAUCCUUUCCUACCUAGAUGACCUGGAGGACCUCAGAGCGCUUGCGAUGGCAUCGCCCGUCUUCUACCAACAGUACCUACUCGACCGACGGGCACUCCUAGAACGGAUUCUGACGGCAACUCUCGGUAACUCUCUGGCGGAUGCAUACGCCGUGCACACGUCCGAUGCGCUCUACGAGGAUUCAUCCGACCACCACCACCCGCCCGCACCGGAGGUCAUCGGCCUAUUUAUAGACGAUUACGUCGCGCUGCGUACCGCAACGCCCGAGCUGAUACUAGAAGGAUGCACAGAGGAGACCUUGAUCGAUAUCGCGAGCUUUUAUCACUCCCUGGCUCGGCCCUUGGUAUUACAAUCUGCUGCCCUGUUCUGCCACGCCCUCGACCCUUAUUUUGAAGUUGGCGACCUAUCCCAGGCAGAACAGAAGCGUCUUCUACGGGCCCUUUACCGCUUUCAACUCCACUGUAAUCUCUUCGGCGAAGGCCGUUGGGGACGCCGUGGUGAGGGUGAGAUCGGCUGGGAAGAGCAGCUCUCCCUGUUCUUUUCCAUCUACCAAUCCUGGGAGGCGGAGGAGCUCUACUGCAUAUACACACUCAUCGAGAACAAGUACGAAGAAGUCUUUGCUGCUGUGCAGUGGGACGCCAAUCUGGGAAGCUCCAAGUCUAAGGGUCGGGGCCGGCCGGAUACCCCUUCCAAGGUUCUUAACCUUCGUGAGGAAUUAACGCGCGAGUCCUCGCGGGACGGCACUCUUUCGAGGCCCGGGGGUUUACGCCUUUUCUACGAAAUCUUGAAAACGCAAAACCACGACAGUCUGAUCCAACGGGUGCAAGAGCAUGCCGUCCUGAACCCCAGGCAUAAUUCCGGGCGCUGCAGGUUCCCUGAGGAUGGUGACCGGGCUCCCAGAGAGUGGCCUUUAUUCUCUGGUGACACCACUGACGGACCCCCGCUCGCUUGGGUCACAGGACCGAGUGGGAGGUAUCCGCAGACGAGAGAUUAUCCCAUUCCGGACAGCCUGAAGUGGGGGUACGUUUUCUGGGAUAGACGGCGCUUUAUGAGGCAAGGGGGUGUGGACCAUGUAUUGCGAGAGCGGGAAUACUCCCUCGGCUCUGGUAGGCGGCGCACAUUGAGUUUCUACGGGGCCUGUCUCUAGACGGCAUCUAUAUAACGGAUGCCCUCCACCGACGCCCGCGAUAAAACACGAUGGUUCUUGUUCGUUCGUCAGGAUCAGAGAGUGCCAACUUAUUACAACCCGCCUCAGAAGGCCUAAGCAAGGAUGGCAAAGAAACCCCAUAAAACAGUAACACCUCGAGGCAUUCUAUCAUGGUCUAAUUCUAUCCUUCCCGUCUUCG